CCCUUGGUUUCAGUUUAACAACAAAACCAUGCUUCAAAUGCAUGGAGUGAAGUCCAAGAAUGAAGCGCAUACGUUACGAGCAAAUACACUCGUCUGUACACCAGUAUCUUAAGAGGAGACAGUAUUCGGACCAUGAAGUGAUUGAGAAGAAGGAGCACAGAUGGGUACAUGAUGUAAAGGACAUGGCUCUAAAGAGUUCAGCUUCAGGGGAGACAACAACGGAGAAUAUCUUGUUGUAUAGCAGCAUAUCAGGGGACACAACUGUUUGUGAGCAACAGUUUUCACGAUUGAAGACAUACCUAAACGAGGCCAUUGACCCUUACAAGGAUGAGCUGACAACGAUAGUAUACCCCCUGUUUGUACAUAUUUACCUCCAGCUUAUGUACAAUGGACACAAGGCACCAGCACACAAAUUCUACAGUCGCCAUGUGAAGCUGUUUGAAAACCCUGAUGAGCUGGUCGUGAUGGAGGCUCUAAACAAACUGUACACGCGUACAGAGGUCAUCAGUUGUAAGGAGGCCAUGGAGUUCAGAGAACACAAGUAUAAAGUAUGUCUGUCACAAGAGGCUUUGGACUACCUGAUGAAAUAUCUCAAGGUUGAUGAUAAUAUGAUGCUAUUACAAAUUUUCAAUCAGCAUUUGAAAGUGGAAGUAUUAAAGGAGGACCAACAUGUUCUCGACCUGAAGGAGAGCGCGAGCGACAAACAUGAGUCUGGGGCAAGCGAGAAGAAACGCCCCACAGAUAUUGUCAGGCUGCUACAACAAUGUAUCAAACAAGUACGCGAAGGACCACCCUGUAUGUCUUCAAUAUGUUUCUACACCUUCCUCAACGCCUAUCAGGGGCUAUGUACGGUGGACAUAUCGCCAGACAGGACACUUCUGAGUGCUGGGUUUGAGGACUCCACCGUAAAGCUGUGGAGCAUCACUCCAGGUCUGAUACAGUCUACCAAAACAACGACAGAUCCAUCCAAGCUCUACCUGUCUGCCGACUUCUGGACCUCAGAGUCCUCGUGUGAGGACGAGGAGGAUGAGGAGGCUGAGACUGAGCAGAACAAGGAAGAAAAGAAGCCCCUGUACCGUGAGGUGGCGACACUGAGAGGUCACAACGGUUCUGUUUACAAGACAUCCUUCUGUGCUAACUCUAAAGCUUUACUCUCGUGUUCAGAAGAUGGAUCAGUACGUCUUUGGGACAUGAAGACUCAUACCAACAAAGUGUGCUAUAGAGGUCACAAUUACCCUGUGUGGGACAUAGACACUAGUUCAACUGGGAAUUAUUUCGCCUCGGCAUCCAAGGACUGCACAGCGAAAUUAUGGGAGACGGACCGGACUUUUCCAUUGAGGUCAUUCAUUGGUCACUCAUAUGAUGUGGAUUGUGUCAAGUUUCAUCCCAACUCUAACUACCUGGCGACGGGGUCCAGUGACCGGACUGUCCGACUGUGGAGUCUCCAGGAUGGGAAGUCCGUCCGUCUGAUGCAGGGACACCGGAGCUCGGUCCUUGCCCUAGCUUUCUCACCCAAUGGACAGUACCUGGCCUCCGCUGGUGAUGAUCGUAGGAUUCGGGUCUGGGAUCUCACCUCCGGAAACAUGUUCAAGGAACUGAAAGGCCACACAGAUACCAUACACUGCCUCACCUUCAACAGAGACAGCACCCUGUUAGCAUCAGGUGGCCUUGACUGUUGUAUAAAGAUCUGGGACAUCAGAAAGGGCGUCAGUAUGAGCAGCAGCAACAACAACAGCAACAGCAACAACAACAACAACAACCCACCAGAUGCAAAUAUUUCACCAGAACAGUUAGGAUCGUUUCCAACGAAAUCCGCAAUAGUGGCAUAUUUAAAGUUUGCCCAACACAAUCUCCUGUACGCUGCAGGCAGCAUUUGAUGUUAGAUCUGUGUCUGUGUGUUUUGAAGAAUAUAAUGGCAUGAGUGAAGAAAUCUGAUAAAAAAUUAAUAUAAUGCAGAAAUGUGUCCCAGUGUUAUGCAGAAAUAUAGCAAAUUCCACAGACCCCAAUAAAGCAUAUUGGGGGCAGAUUGUGUAAAACAACAAAAAGUGGUCAGAUCUAUUGGCCUCAACAAACAUCGUUUUUUCAUAACAACAAAACUUUGAAGUUUUUACUGCUGAGUUUUCACAUGUGAUAAUGUGCCGAAAUAAGGAGUGUUUAUUAUCAUUUUUUUUUCAUACAAAAUUUAGCUGACCAACACAUUUCAUUGUCAGUGCUAUAAAUUCUGUGAAAGUUCAUGAUUAGUGAUAAUAGUUUUUGAUUUUAACUGGUAGAUAAAAUGUUUCUAGUUAAAAUACUGACUACCGGGAAAUUUUUGCCAAGUCAAAUAUUUGCCCUUCAAUGGUAAAAUCUGUAUUCGUCUCAGUGUAAAUUUCACCCUUCACAUAUCAUUACUAAAUAUGGUAUGCUGUGAAAUAACAUUCGCUGUAAUGAUAAAUUCGCUCUCAUUGCGUAGGGCAAAAAAAAAAAAGGUAAACUGCGGUGAAAAUUUCCCAGUAUACAUUACUUCCCCGCCGAGUCGUAUCCGUUUGUAGAUAAGGAAACAUAAUGUUUCUAAACAUUUUCUUCAGGUUGGUAAGUAUGGAUUGUGAAAAGAUUCAUGUAGCACAACCAAAAAGUGUUACUAUGUGACGUUUUGAUGACUAGUAAGGUAUGUACUCUUACCCCUUCAUCAGACAAAUGCCCAGUGAAGCCUUUGUACACAAAGGUGUGAAAUAUGUACGAGUAGUCCAUGCAAAUCGAUAUCAAUUCGGCUACGCUGUCAGCGUGUGUACAAUUAGUUGUUAUAUAUGUACAGAAAUGGCUCGAGUAGGCUACGCUUUGUUUAAUAUUUAGUCAUAGAUGUGUGAGAGUCUAUGAGCCCCUCAUCUCGAUUUAGAACGGGCUCAUCUGGUUACGCCGUCGUUCUGCAGCGUAUCCAGAUGGGACAGUUCUAAAUCAUGCGCUUCACUGCUCAUUUGUCUGAUGAAGGUGACCGAGUACACACUGUACUAGUCAUCGAAACGUCACAUAGAAACAUAAUGUAAUUGUAACUGUAUUGAAGUUGUGAGGCUUUUGAACAAAUGAAAACAGGAUAAAGGAAGCGAGCUCUAUGAUAUACAGUAAUUAUGGUUCAUUGGUGUAAAUGACUGUGGUACCAGUAGCACCACCACGGUAUGAAUGUGGCUAAUAUUUGUUCCCCUACACCGUACAUGUUUGUAUUGUUUGUUUUUUGUAUCACCGUUUUGUAUUUCAUCAUUAUUAUAUCAUUAACGUUUCUUGGCAUGAGCGUGUGUAUGGUAUGAUGGUUUUCUAAGAUUUGUGAGUGAAUUGUUGAAUAUGAAAGUGCAAUAUAUGUGGUGCAAUUAUGUAGCAAAGAACAUAAUCGCUUUGUGAGGAUUGGUUGAGAAGUUUAAUUUUGUGAAUCAUCAACAGAAUAAAACAAUGUUUAUAAAAGA